GAAAGUAGUUUGGGUGUGGGUAAGAUUUAGAAGGUGAAGGAAAGCUGCGGGGAAGCAAAUACCUUGAAGUUAGGCCUCUGGUGCUGUCAGGGGCUGGCCAGUAGGGACCCCGAAGUGGAGGGAGCUCCAAACCUACACUCCUCAGGCUGCCAGUGAUGUCACAAUGGCAGGUGCAGGAACUGUGGGGUCCCUGUCUGCCUCAACCCCACUGAUCUUUAUCCCGGAAUGGGGUGAGGGCCGGCUCCACUAGGCAGUGUCUCAGAAGCUCGUUUUCCACUCUUCUGGAGCAGCCCUCUGCUCUGCCCUCCGGAAAGAGGCCAGUGGACAUCUGGAAGGUGCAGAAGAACAGAGGAAGUAAAGACGACCGAAGCUUCAACCCAGGCUUACCUACUUGGCAAGUUACCUAUGACCCAGAGGAACUUCACUUCGCUGCUCCGUCUGUGCCCUGGAAAACCAGAAAGAGGCUAACAGGGAAUUUAAAAUUCUGAGCAUGCUAUGUGCUAGGCUCUACCCAUGUCAUGGUUUAAUCCCUACAGCAGCCUGUUUUACCAACAUUAAGAGUGAAGCGCAGAGAGGGUGGCUAGGUGGGUGGACCUGAGGUCCAAGGCUGGGCAGGGGCUACCCCCAGGCCUGCCUACACACUCUGAGCACAGCACAGAGGCCCCGUCUGCGCUGCUAGGAGGUCUAGAGGGCUCCACAAAGCCCUUGUGGGGCUUUGGAGGCCUUGUGGGGCCUGGGCUAAACGUUAGAGCGUGACUGGGCUCCAACCAGACGUGCGAGUAAAGCAGACGCCAGGCCUCUCCCUGGAAUGUGAGCUCCCAAGCGCGGCGCGCAGAGCAGGGGUCCGCCCCGGGGUACGCUGGGAAGCCGCGCGCGCCCCGCCCCUCUCCGCCCCUCCCCGCUGCGCAGCCCUCGGCUGCCCCCUGCCGUCACAGGGUGGACCCUGCAGCCCAGGCCGUCUCUGCUCGGCCCCGCCAGCACCUCAGGCCUCCGGAUUGGCCCCUCCCGAAGCCUCCGGGCCGUCUGCCUGCCGCCAUCGGAUUGGCUGCACCCUGAUACUGUGGCCCCGCCCAUUUCCCCGGGUCCUUUGAUCACGCGCCUGCCGGCUCUUCCGGGGCCCCGGAGCCAACCGAGGGCGUUCCUUUCCGGGCUGCAUCGGCGGGAGGGAGCCCAGUGGAGGCGCCCUCCCGAGGCAGUACUACUGCCCAUGCUGACCACCCAGCCCCCUGGCUGCCGAUGUCAUGAGUAACACCACAGUGCCCAAUGCCCCACAGGCCAGCAGCGACUCCAUGGUGGGCUAUGUGUUGGGGCCCUUCUUCCUCAUCACCCUGGUCGGGGUGGUGGUGGCCGUGGUAAUGUAUGUCCAGAAGAAAAAGCGGGUGGACCGGCUUCGCCAUCACCUGCUCCCUGUGUACAGCUACGACCCUGCUGAGGAGCUGCACGAGGCUGAGCAGGAGCUACUCUCUGACGUGGGGGACCCCAAGGUGGUCCAUGGUUGGCAGAGUGGCUACCAGCACAAGCGGAUGCCCUUGCUGGAUGUCAAGACAUGACUUGAGCCCCCUGCCCUGGUCUUCAGAACCACAGGGUCCUGGAACAUCCAGGGCCCUGCAGCCUGCAGCUUCCCCCAGCUCCCCCUCCUAGGUACUGGG